AUGGUGCUUCACACUGAGGACAAGGUUCUUCACUCUGCGAACAAAGUUCCGCAAUCUGAGGACAAGGUUCUUCAAACGGAGGACAAGGUUCCUCAUUCUGAGGACAAGGUUCUUCACUCUGAGGACAAGGUUCCUCACUCUGAGGACAAGUUUCCUCACUCUGAAAGCAGGUUCUUCACUCUGAGGACAAGGUUUCUCAUUCUGAGGACCAGGUUCCUCACUCUGAGGACAAGGUUGCUUACUCUGAGUAGAAGGUUGCUCACUCAGAGUACAAGGUUGCUCACACUGAGGACAAGGUUCUUCACUCUGAACGCAGGUUCCUCACACUGAGGACAAGGAUGCUCACUCUGAAGGCAGGUUCCCCACAUUGACGACAAGGUUCGUCACUCUGAGGACGAGGUUCCUCACACAUAGGACAAGUUUCCUCACUCUAAAGUUCCGCACACUGAGGACAAGGUUCCUCACUUUGAGGACAAGGUUCCUCAGUCUGAAGGCAAGUUUCCUCACUGUGAAGGCAGGUUCUUCACUCUGAAGACAAGGUUUCUCAUUCUGAGGACCAUGGUCAUCACUCUGAGAACAAGUUUCCUCACUCUGCGGACAAGGUUCUUCACACUGAGUGCAAGGUUCCUGGCACUGAGGACAAGGUACCUCACUCUGAGAACAAGGGUCCUCAGUCUGAGGACAAGGUUCCUCACUAUGAGGACAAGGUUCCUCACUCUGAGGACAAGGUUCCUCACUCGAAGGACAAGGUUCCUCACACUGAGAACAAGGUUCCUCACACUGAGGACAAGGUUCCUCGCUCUGAGGACAAGGUUCCUCACUCUGAGGACAAGGUUUUUCACACUAAGGACAAAGUUCCUUACACUGAGGCAAGGUUCGGCACAAUGAGAACAAGGUUCCUCACUCUGAGGACAAGUUUCAUCGCUAUGAGAAGAUGGUGCUUCACACUGAGGACAAGGUUCUUCACUCUGCGAACAAAGUUCCGAAAUCUGAGGACAAGGUUCCUCACACUGAGGACAAGGUUCCUCACUCUGAGAACAUGGUUCCUCACACUGAGGACAAGGUUCCUCACACGGAGGACAAGGUUCCUCAUUCUGAGGACAAGGUUCCUCACUCUGAGGACAAGGUUCCUCACACGGAGGACAAGGUUCCUCAUUCUGAGAACAAGGUUCUUCACUCUGAGGACAAGGUUCCUCACUCUGAGGACAAGUUUCCUCACUCUGAAUGCAGGUUCUUCACUCUGAGGACAAGGUUUCUCAUUCUGAGGACCAGGAUCCUCACUCUGAGGACAAGGUUGCUUACUCUGAGUACAAGGUUGCUCACUCAGAGUACAAGGUUGCUCACACUGAGGACAAGGUUCUUCACUCUGAACGCAGGUUCCUCACACUGAGGACAAGGAUGCUCACUCUGAAGGCAGGUUCCACACAUUGACGACAAGGUUCGUCACUCUGAGGACGAGGUUGCUCACACUUAGGACAAGUUUCCUCACUCUGAAGUUCCUCACACUGAGGACAAGGUUCCUCACUCUGAGGACAAGGUUCCUCAGUCUGAAGGCAAGUUUCCUCACUGUGAAGGCAGGUUCUUCACUCUGAAGACAAGGUUUCUCAUUCUGAGGACCAUGGUCAUCACUCUGAGAACAAGUUUCCUCACUCUGCGGACAAGGUUCUUCACACUGAGUGCAAGGUUCCUGGCACUGAGGACAAGGUUCCACACUCUGAGAACAAGGGUCCUCAGUCUGAGGACAAGGUUCCUCACUAUGAGGACAAGGUUCCUCACUCUGAGGACAAGGUUCCUCACUCUGAGGACAAGGUUCCUCACUCUGAGGACAAGGUUCCUCACUCUGAGGACAAGGUUCCUCACACUGAGGACAAGGUUCCUCACGCUGAGGACAAGGUUCUUCACACUGAGGACAAGGUUCCUCACACUGAGUGCAAGGUUCCUCACACUGAGGACAAGGUUCCUCACUCUCAGAACAAGGGUCCUCACUAUGAGGACAAGGUUCCUCACUAUGAGGACAAGGUUCCUCACUCUGAGGACAAGGUUCCUCACUCUGAGGACAAGAUCCUUCACACUCAGGACAAGGUUACUCACACUGAGGACAAGGUUCCUCACUCUGAGAACAAGGUUCCCCACUCUGAUGACAAGGUUCCUCGCUCUGCGAAGAAGGUGUUUCACACUGAGGACAAUGUUCCUCACUCUGAGAACAAGGUUCCUCACUCUGAGGACCAGGUUUUUCACACUGAGGACAAGGUUCCUCACAUUGAGGACAAGGUUCCUCACUCUGAGACAAAGGUUCCUCACACUGAUGACAAGGUUCCUCAUUCUGAAAACAAAGUUCCGCACUCUGAGGACAAGGCUCCUCACUCUGAGGACAAGGUUCCUCACACUGAGGACAAGGUUCCUCGCUCUGAGGACAAGGUUCCUCACUCGGAGAACAAGGUCCCUCACUUUGAGGACAAGGUUCCUCACUUUGAGGACAAGGUUCCUCACUCUGAGGACAAAGUUCCUCACUCUGAAGACAAGGUUCCUCACUAUGAGGACAAGGGUUUUCACACUGAGGACAAGGUUCCUCACACUGAGGCAAGGUUCUUCUCUCUGAGAACAAUGUUCCUCAGUCUGAGGACAAGGGUCCUCGCUAUGAGAAGAAGGUGCUUCACACUGAGGACAAGGUUCCUCACUCUGAGAACAAAGUUCCGCACUCUGCGGACAAGGUUCCUCACUCUGAGGACAAGUUUCUUCACACUGAGGACAAGGUUCCUCACACUGAGGACAAGGUUCCUCACUCUGAGAACAUGGUUCCUCACACUGAAGACAAGGUUCCUCACGCUGAGGACAAGGUUCCUCACACUGAGGACAAGGUUCCUCACUCUGAGCACAAGGUUCCUCACACUGAGGACAAGGUUCCUCACACUGAGGACAAGGUUCCUCACUCUGAGGACAAGGUUCCUCACGCUGAGGACAAGGGUCCUCACUCUGAGGACAAGAUUCCUCACUCUGGGCACAAGGUUCUUCACACUGAGGACAAGGUUCCUCACACUGAGGACAAGGUUCCUCACUCUGAAGACAAGGUUCCUCACUCUGAGGACAAAGUUCCUUACACUGAGGACAAGAUUCCUCACUCUGAGGACAAGGUUCCUCACUAUGAGCACAAGGCUCUUCACACGGAGGACAAGGUUCCUCACACUGACAACAAGGUUCCUCACUCUGAGAACAAAGUUCCUCACACUGAGGAUAAGGUUCGUCACUCUGAGGAUAAGGUUCCUCACUCUGGGAACAAGGUUCCUCACUCUGAGCUCAAGGUUCUUCACACUAAGGUCAAUGUUUCACACACUGAGGACAAGCUUCCUCACUCCGAGAAUAAGUUUCCUCAGUCUGAGGACAAGGUUACUCACUCUCAGGACAAGGUUCCUCACUCUGAGGACUGGAUUCCUCACCCUGACGACAAGGUUCCUCACUCUGAGGACAACGUUCCUCACUCUGAGGACAACGUUCCUCACUAUGAGGACAAGAUUCCUCACUCUGAGGACAAGGUUCCUUACUCUGAGGACAAAGUUCCUCACACUGAGGACAAGGUUUCUCACUCUGAAGGCAAGAUUGAUCACUCUGAAGACAAUGUUCCUCACUCUGAAGGCAGGUUCCUCACUCUGACGACAACGUUCCUAACCGUGAGGACGAUGUUCCUCACACUGAGGACAAAGUUCCUCUCCCUGAGGACAAGGUUCCCCACUAUGGGGACAAGCUUCCUCGCUCUGAGGACAAGGGUCCUCACUCUGAAGGCAAGUUCCUCACAAUGA